AUGGUUCGCAUGAACGUCCUCGCCGAUGCGCUCAACGCCAUCAACAACGCCGAGAAGCGCGGAAAGCGCCAGGUUCUCAUCCGCCCAGCCUCCAAGGUCAUCGUCCGCUUCUUGACCGUCAUGAUGAAGCACGGAUACAUCGGAGAGUUCGAGAUCGUCGACGACCACCGCGCCGGAAAGAUCGUCGUCAACCUCACCGGACGUCUCAACAAGGCCUCCGUCAUCUCUCCAAGACUCAACAUCCGUCUUAACGACUUGGAGAAGUACACCAACACUCUUCUUCCAUCCCGUCAGUUCGGAUACCUCAUCCUUACCACCUCCGCCGGAAUCAUGGAUCACGAGGAGGCCAGAAGAAAGCAUUUGGGAGGAAAGAUUCUCGGAUUCUUCUUCUAA